CACCUGCUUUAUUGUUGGUAACAAAUAUGGCGGCGGAAGAUGAUUCCGAUAUUCCAGAUUCUGGAGCAGUUUUCACUUUUGGAAAGAGCAAAUUUGCAGAUAAUUUGCCGAACAAGUUCUGGGUAAGAAAUGACAAUGUACGAGAUGUGGCUUGUGGAGACGAACAUACAGCAUUGGUAGCAGAGAGUGGGAGAGUAUUCACAUUUGGUUCCAAUGACUGGGGCCAACUUGGACUGGGCACCAGUAAAACAGCGGAUAGACCCAGCUGUAUCAAAUCAUUAAAGACAGAGAAAGUGAAGUUGGUAGCAUGUGGAAGAGUUCAUACAAUUGUUGCAACAGAAUCAGGGAAGAUUUAUUCAUUUGGAGCCAAUGGAGAAGGGCAGCUGGGUGUGGAAGAUUCACCAGCCAGCAAUGUUCCCAAAUGUAUAGACAGUUUAGUAGAACAGCAAUACAAGAUGUUAGCAGCAGGGGCAGAUCACUCUGUUGCUCUCACAGAGGAUGGUGCAGUUUUUGUUUGGGGAGGGGGCAGUGAGGGACAGUUGGGCCUAGGAGGAAAGACAGAAUGUCCAGACCCAGAGGAAUUACAAAUAGAGGAUGUGGUUACUUGUAUAUCUUGUGGAUAUUACCAUACAGCAAUGGUCACAGAAUCGGGAGAUUUAUACACAUUUGGUGAGAGUGAAGGGGGCAAGUUAGGGUUGGGCGAUGACCCUGAUGAUACAGAUACCCCACAGAAAGUAGACAUACCGGAGAGGGUCACGGGAGUCGCAUGUGGGGGUUCACAUACUGUAGCAAUGACAGAAAAUGGCAAUGUUUACACAUUUGGUGAUGGACCAAGUGGUCAGCUAGGCCACGGAACUCAUUUUUUGCAAAUAUCUACGCCAAGAAAACUCAAUAUAAACUUUAAAGUAAAAUAUAUAGCAUGUGGGGAAAGUCAUUCCACACUUAUAUCAGACAAAGGGCAGCUUUACACAUUUGGAGAUGGGAGACAUGGGAAAUUAGCAUUAGGACAAGAAAGUUUUUCAAAUCAAUUCAUACCAUUUAGAGUUAAAAGAUUUUCAAAAUUUACUGUACAGAAAGUUAUGUGUGGUGGUUGUCACAUGAUUUGUUUAGCCAAACCUAAUAGAGGGUGUGAUGAACAGUUCAGUUCAGAGGAUGAGUUGAUAGGUGAACCAAAGAUGAAUGGUAUGCUGAACAGUAGUUUACGAGCCGAUGGAUCUAUAGAUCUGAACAAUAGUGUAACAGCAAGAGUUAGACGAAGAAAAACGAAUGAAUCUUUUAAGAAUGAUUUAAAUCGCACCCUGCCUCCACUUGCUGGUGCCCACAAGGUGCCAUCAGAGCAGUUACACCAGACAGUACCAGCACCUAAGUCACGCAGAAUAGAGUCAGCUCCAGUACAAAAACAUACAGAUUCACACCAGGCUGAAGAUGAAGUUCAUGAAGAAGUUAUAAAGGCUGAAAGUAGAGAAGUAGAGUCUUCCCCGAAAGCUCUUCCACGACCCUUACCUAGACGUCAUGCUGGAAUGCCUGAAGCAAAGUCAGAAGAGGAGGAAAGUGAGGAAGAAGAGAGUGAAGAAGAAGUACAGGAUAUGUCACAAUCUACUAGGGCAUUGCCUCAAGCUCCCGUUCCUCCGCCAAGAGCCUUACCAAAGAUUGGCGAUAUGGCUGAAUCAGACGAAGAUGCCGAUGAAGAAGAAGAACAUGAAGAAAAAGCUAAGAAAAUAAAAGAAAAGAAACCAAAGAAAAAGAAAAAAGACAAGAAGGGUGGAAUGGGAAUAUUUGGUAGGAAAAAAACGGGUAUAUCAGAUGAUGAAGAUGAAGAAGAAGGAGAUGAGGAGGAUGAGCAAGAUGAGGAGGAAGAAGAAGAUCAAGUAGAAAAGGCUGAGAAAAAAGAAAAAGAGGAAAAAUCUGAAAAGGAAGAAGAUGAGGAUGAAGAAGAAGAAACUAAAGGAAAGAAGAAGGAUAAAAAAGAUAAAAAGAAGGACAAAAAAGAUAAAAAGGACAAGGAAGAUAAAAAGAAAGAUAAGAAAAAGGAUAAAAAGAAAAAAGAUGAUGAGGAGGAAGAAGAUGAAGAAGAGAAGGAUGAAGAAGAAGAUGAUGAUGAAGAAACAGACAAGAAAAAGAAAGGAAAGAAAGACAAGAAGGAGAAAGACAAAAAGAAAGACAAGAAGGAUAAAAAGAAAGAUAAAAAGAAAGACAAGAAGGAUGAAGAGGAGGAGGAAGAUGAAGAGAAAGGUUCAGAAGAAGAGGAUGAGGACGGAAAGAAAGGUGACAAGAAAUCCAAAAAAAAAGACAAGAAAAAAGACAAAGAUAAAAAGAAAAAGGAUAAGGACAAAGAUAAGGAUAAAGAAGAUGAGAAAUCGGAAGAUGAAAAGGAAGAAGAGAAAGAUAAAACAGAGGAGAAUAAAGAGCCAGAAAAACCUGCUGAACCUCCUAAGAAAAAAUCACGGACAUGUACAAUAUUGUGAUAUUCCAAAUACGUUCCAAGCUUAGAGAUGUACUGGAUUCAUUACACAUGCAGGAGUUUUUGGUACAGACAGAGAAUAUAGACAGACAGAUGUUGAAGAGCUUCUGUGAAAGUCACAUCCAAAUGUUAAGAAAGUGUAGUGUUGAUAAACAUUAUAUCAAGUGAUAGGCUGUGUCAAAGAUGAUACAAGUAGUAGUGUGAGAUAGCUUUGGUGCUACAAUCUUGGUGAUAUAUGUACGUUUGUCCAUCUGUAUUUAAGCUCAGCUGAUAUUAGCCAUUUUAGUUCUGUGUGUCUAGACUGGUUGUAGUUUUCACUUCUAGAAGUAGACUGGUUGUAGUUUUCACUUCAAGAAGUAGACUGGUUACAGUUUACACUUCUAGAAGUAGACUGGUUACAGUUUACACUUCUAAAAGUAGACUGAUUAUAGUUUCACUUUUAGAUGUAGACUGGUUAUAGUUUACAUUUCUAGAAGUAGAGGGUAGAAUCACACAUGCAUUUGCUGUGAGUUACCUAUUUCACAUUGAUAUUAUAGGUUAGCAUCUUGCUGCAUAUGGGCUUUAAAUGUAAAUCCUUGUUAUCUUUGAUUUAUCAUUUAUUUUUAACUAACUUGACAUAUAUUGCUGUGUAAGUUUCAUGUUCAGAGCAAAUGGCCUAUCAAAAUACCAGAGAUAUAGAUUGUUUCUUGCCAGUCCUAAAUCAUCUAUUAUAGCACAAUCUGUGAUUUGUUAUUUUAUGACACCAUAGUUACUUUAAAAUUGUAAAAGGUUGUGAAAUAUUAUUUUGAUGUAUCAAAGGUAGUAUCCUUUGGUUGUUUAUACAAUAAGUUGUUGCAUCAAAGUUGAUAAAUAACAUAUCCUCAUUCUGCAGAAGUUCAUAUAUCAGGGAUACAUUAAUUCCAGCAAUCUUUUUAAAUGAGUUGAGCUUUGGACAGUUUAGUAUGUAGAAGUUGCUUUUAUAUAAAUGUGUAUAUGUUUUACAACAAAUAUAGAUAUAUAGUACCAAAGAAUAAGAUAUGAGAAUUGUAUUUUGUUAUACAAUUAAGUGCCUAAUUAAAGUUCACAAAAUAUUUUUCCUAUAGACUUGCAUGUAUUUCUCACAGUUUUGUAAAAACAGCUGCAUUUUUUUAUAUUCACCAGCAUUUAAUGAUUUAUAAAUAUCACAUAUUAAGAAAGAUAAUACAUUUUUCAGCAUUGUACUUUGAUUUUUAGCUUACCUGAGCCAAAGGCUCAUGGUGAGCUUUUGUGACCGCUGAAUGUCCGUCAUGCAUCAGUCAACAUUUUCUAAAAAAAUCUUCUUGAAAACCAAUAGACAGAAUUACAUCAAACUUCACAGGAAUGAUCCUUGGGUGGUCCCCUUUCAAAAUUUUUCAAAGAAUUGAAUUCCAUGCAGAACUCUGGUUGCCAUGGCAACCGAAAGGAAAAACUUUAAAAACCUUCUUGUCCAAAACCACAAGGUGUAGAGCCUUGAUAUUUGGCAUGUGACAUCAUCUAAUGGUCCUCUAUGAAGAUUGUUCAAAUUAUGCCCCUGGGGUGAAAAGAGGCCCCGGCCCGAUGGUCCCAAGUUUUACAUAGACUUAUAAAGGAAAAAACUUUAAAAAUCUUCUUGCCUGAAACUGCAAGGUCUAUGCUUUUGAUAUUUGUUAUGUUGUCCUCUACCAAAAUUGUUCAGAUUAUGCCCCUGUGGUGAAAAGAGGCCCUGCCCUGGGGGUACCAAAUUUAACAUAGACUUAUAUAGGGAAAAAAACCUUGUCUGAAAGUUCAAAGCCUAGGCCUUUGAUAUUUGGUAUGUAGCAUUGCCUAGUGGAUGUCUAACAAGAUUGUUCACUAUUUUCUUGUUUUUUUAAGAUACAACCUUGAAAUUUGGAUAACAUGUACAGUUCUGCACACUAAUCAUAAAACUGACUUUCAUUGACCAUGAAUAUGACCUUCUGACCUACUUUCUAAUAUUUUAGCAUCAGUUUACCAUUUUAAACAUGUGGCUUAUAUUACUCAGGUGAGCGAUUCAGGGUCAUCAUGACCCUCUUGCAAUAUUUUUUUGCCAUAAAGCAUAUAGAGAAAACAGAUUUUAAAAUUUUUGAGGUCUGAUUGAUGUCACUGGUAAACCCAGGGAAUAUUGACAGUAAUUUCUCAACUUUACAACACUUCAUCAAAAAGACUUGUAAAUCUUAUGUUUAUUUUUGUUUUGCAGUGCUGUGUAUAGGUAUCAUUGUAUAAUUUGAAGAAAAAUACAAUUCAAGAACUUGUUGAAAAAGUCUAAAAUGCAUGCACGUUUAUUGGAAAUUCUAUGUUAUGAAUUUUUAUUUGACACAUAACUGUAGUAGAAUUGAAUAUGUCAAUGUUAAAUUUCUACUGAGGUGUUUUAACAGGGGAAUGUAAAUGUUGGUUAUUACCUUUAUUAUUGAGGUAUUUGUAUAGGGGAAUGUAAGACCGGUUGUUGCCAAGCCAUAUGCUGUGAUACAAAGGCCAAACUAAAAUAAUGUGGUGGUUCUGUUGUUGUUGCUUAUAUAACACAGUUUAAAUAUCUGUUUCAUACAUUUAUGCAAAAAAUACCUCUUAUUUGUCUUGGAAUUAUGCAAAAAACACUUGUCUGGCAUUUAUCCAAACAUUUUUCUUACAUUUAUGCAAAUACAUUUAUUUCAUGAAAAGUACUUUUUUUUCUCUAAGACUAUAUUGAGGUACAUUUAUGCAAAAAUUACGUCAUUUCUACAUGUACUUAUAACACUUCUGAUAAUUAAUGAACAGUAAGGUUUAGAGAUUAUAAAAAAAAUCCUCAUGCUUCAAAGUCGAGAAGUUAAAGGAUAAAAUUGUUAUCUGUUGUUUGACAAGCUGAUCCUGCAUUUAUCGUUGAUCAGUUUUGUGUUAGAAAAGAAGUAAUACUGAUUGUUUACCUGUUUAACCCUUACCCUGCUAAAUUUCAAUAAUGAACUUGUCCAUGUUUCAGUUUAGACAGUACCAUUAACUGUUAAUUGGGGUGCUUACCAAAAAGAUACUGACUGAAUGGUGAACAGUGCAGAUCAUGAUCAGACUGUAUGGAUGUGACAUUGUAGAAAAGAAGACAGUAACCACAACAAUAUUUUGUUUUGGUCAUUAUAAAUUACUUUUUCAGAUGUAGUUAAUAAAUGAAAAAACUCAUUGGAAUUGUAAUUCUUGCUUAUUGAAUGUUAAUUAAUAAAUUAUAUGGUAUAUGUUAAUGCAUUUUACCAGUGUUACAUGUUACUGUUUAUGUCAAGCUUAUAUUUAGUUAGUUAUUGUCUGUAAUUGUUGUAUAGCAAUGUUUUAAAUAUUUAUGUCUGUAAUUGUUGUAUAGCAAUGUUUUAAAUAGUUCAUGUCUGUUGUAUUUUUGUAUAGUUUAUAUCUGUUUUGUCAAAAACAUAAAGUGCUAUAUGUCUUUUGUAAUUGAUAGAGAGAACUUGUAUAGGUUGCCAUUUCAGGUUGGCAUUUCAUACUUGUUAGGUUGCCAUUUCAGGUUGGCAUUUCAUAUCUGUAUGGGUUGGCAUUUCAUACUUGUUUGAGUUGGCAUUUCAUACUUGUAUGGGUUGCCAUUUCAUACUUGUAUGGUUUACCAUUUCAUACUUGUUUGAGUUGGCAUUUCAUACUUGUGUAGGUUGCCAUUUCAGGUUGGCAUUUUAUACCAGUAUGGGUUGGCAUUUCAUACCUGUAUAAGUUGCCAUUUCAUACUUGUAUGGGUUCGCAUAUGUGUACAAUUUCAUUCUUUACUUUAAAAAGCAUCCAGUGUGUCAAAAUUCAGAACAAAAUUCAGUUAUAUGCACAGUUCCACUUUUUGCAUUCAAAAUAUACUUGUAUUACCAAACUCUGAAGUUUUAAAUUGAUCAGAUACUUAUUUACUCACUGACAGAUGCUUCUUGUUUAUAAAGAGGGAUUUAUUACACGUAUUGUCUACACACAUAGAUACUGAAUAACAAUUUCUCUUGUUUCUAAGUGUACACUUCUACUAAUGAUCCCACAUAACAUGCACGUUUCCAUAUAAAGUUUAAAAGAUUUUGAUAACCUUUUUCAGAAACCACAUUUUCUGCAUUUUUCAUUUUUGUAGCAAUGAAACAAACAUUAAUUAUUUUAGUGGCAUAGUUUUAAAAUAUCUCGUAUAUAUUGAAGCUAAGGGGUUGAGUUUUUUUUUUUAUUUACUAGAUAUUCACAAACAUAAUUUGCCAAAGUCUUACUUCUUACAUAAUUUCAUAUAUGAGAUAUUAAAUUGGGUUUGUGUACUGAUAAAAGAGAGAUCUCUUUCUGUUUCUAUUUUUAUCAGGUUUUUCUAAAAUCUAGGACAAUGUUAUAUUCUACAUACAUUUUCAAUACAAUUUAGCACCUAAAGGGCAAAACUUUUAUAAUUUCAUGUGAAUAAAAUGUGAGAAACAAAAGUUUUAUGUCGAGAAGUUUAUUUGUUUUGUGAAAAAAAAUGUUAAUAUAUAUAUAUUCCGUCCACUUAUUUGUAUAUUUUUAGCUUAGGUCGUAAGUGCCAACAAGUUAUAGGUUGAAUCUUAAAAUUAUAUAUAUAAACAGACCGAGUUUAUUUUACCUACCUAGAUUCUCAAUAUAGUCAGUAUUGCCUAGGUUUACUGUAUAAAUGUAAUUAUUUGGUGCAUAUACUGCUAUACACUUAUUUAAUGGCUUGCUGGUCAUUAGUCAAAACUAUUGCCGGGGUCAGAAUCCUUAACUGUUUUAUCACACAACAUCAGAAAUUAAUUUUAACAAAUUUAUACUUACUAAACCAGCAAAAUUGUGUUGAAUACAGACUGGUCAUGUUAUAUUGGGAACUCUUUGAUUCACCAGCUCUGUUUACAGGCAAGCCUGCCCGCUUAGCUCAAUAUAGAGAGUGCAGAUCUACGGAUCACGGGGGUGUGAGUUCAAUUUCCAGGUGAGACAUGUUCUCCAUGACAAUUUGAUAAAAGACAUUGUGUCUGAAAUCAUUCGUCCUCCACCUCAGUUUAUUGUAGGGAAGUUGGCAGUUACUUACGGAGAACAGGUUUGUGCUGGUACAGAAUCCAUGAACACUGGUUAGGUUAACUGCCCGCCGUUACAUGACUGAAAUACUGUUGAAAAACGGCGUUAAACCCAAAACAGACAAACAAAUCUGUUUACAGGCAUUUUUUAAAACUACUUUUAAAGAUAUAUAAAUUGUACAUUAUUCU